AUGGCAAACGGCUUAGACCUUCACAAAUUUACUGAAUUAGGAAACAUAAGCGAAGUCAAACGCUUGACAGAAAAAUAUACAUUUGACCCUCCAACAAUAUCAAAAGCCUUAUGAACAGCCCUUGACUAUGGAUCUCCCACCCAUGUAGAAAUUGCAAAAAUUUUACUACCUCGUGCAUCUCCAAGCUACAAAGAUGCAGGCGGAAUAACUUUUUUAAUGAAAGCAGCCAAAAUAGGUGACUUUGAACUUGUAAGACAAUUAAUUGGAUUGAAGUGCAGCACAGUAGCUUGUGACAGGGAGAAAAAAAGCGUUCUGAUGCAUGCAUUAGAAAAGCAUGGCGAUGAUCCUAUAAGAAUUGUAUCCUAUCUUCUUUCAAAUGGAGCCAAUGCAAAUACUACUGAUUUAGAAGGAUUCUCACCCCUCCAUUAUGCUGCACAAAAUGGUUACGUUGACUCUGUAAAUGAGCUAAUUGAAUAUCGAGCUGAAGUUAAUGUGAAAAACAUCAACAGUGAUACCCCUUUACAUCUUGCUGUAAGAAGUAAUAAUAGACAUUGUGCACAAUUAUUGAUAGAAAGAGGUGCCAACCCAAGGAUCCAAAACAACAUCGGAAAAUCUCCAAUUAACGAAUGCUCUGGAAAUUGGUUUAAUGGCUCCCAUAAAGAAGAAAACAAAAAAGACAACAGAAACAAAGGAAAAGGAAGAGUGAAAAACUACAAAAAGAAAGAAAUCAAUGAAAAAAACAUUGAAGAAGCUACAAAUGGCUCUAUAAUACAAGCUUGUUUUAAAUGUAAGAAAAACCAUGAAUUGUACUGCAUUCCUUGUGCCAAAGAAUUAUUAUCACACUCGUCAGAAGAAGAAUACAAAAUUUUGCUUCCUGAAAAAGGGUCAAUUGAAGACGAAAAUCGGAAGCUGAAAAAUGACCUUGACAGGGAAAGAAAACACAAAAAAAAAUUAAUUGAGAAAUUAAAACUACUAGAAAAAGCCAAUUCUUUAUCUCCUACAACUAGUGAAGAAACUCAAGCUGAUGAUUUAAUGUAUUCGAUAAAGCUAGCAAAUCAAAUGAAUCAAGCAUUAUUCAUGAGGCCACUUACAAUGCAGACUAGAGAAGCUAUAUUUGAAAAUCUUCAGCAAGAAGUAAAAAAGUUUUUAAAUGACCUGAAUAAUUGGGCGAAAAAAUCAGAUGGGCCGUAUAGGGAAGUUGUAGAGAUUAUAUCGAUAGGUAUAAAAGAAGAAUUUCCAGAAAGUGAUGUGAAAAUUUAUGGGUCUUUUGAAACGAACUUGCUUCUUCCCCAUUCUGAUAUAUAUUCUUGUGUUAUAAGUAGGAUUUAAUUAAUAUAUUAAAUAUUUUAGUGCUUAAGUUAGUUAAAAAGAAUAGAUCUUGUUAUCACUAAUUUAAACCAAUCUCCAGCCCAAGUCUUACAAGCCCUUAUAUCGAAACUAAAAUCGCUUUCUAUUGUAACAAGCAUAGAUGACAUUCUAACUGCCUCAAUUCCACUCCUAAAAGUAAAAACUUCUUACAACUCAAGAAUAAUUCAAGUAGAUAUUUCAGUCCAAGAUCCUAGACAUAGUGGCCUCGCUUGCUCCUCUUUUGUAAAAACCUUACUAAAGCAACACUCGACACUUCGCCAGGUCACUUUACUAUUUAAACAGCUUAUUUAUUUCUCAAACUUCCAUGAGCCAUUUAAAAGAGGAUUAAGCUCUUAUGGACUUUUGCUAAUGAUUGCUUGGUUUUAUCAAGAGCAAACCCCUGAAUGGAUUGCUGAAUACGCAAAUGAUACUCAUAAGCUGUCAGAAAUUUUUUUAAAGAUUUUAUACUACUAUGGGUGGGAAUUUGACUACUCAAGAAAAAUAAUUGUAAACAAUCCAGAUCUUCCCAACUUCAGAGAAAUUUGGCCGAAUAAAGUAAUAAUAAAAUAGUUAUCAGGAAUUUUGUGUAUUUGUGAUCCCUUGAACCCUCAGAACUAUAUUGCUUCAGCUACUGAUCUAGACCGUUUAGUGGUACUCCCUAUUUAGAGCAUUUUCCAGGUAGCGUAUUGUAAUGCUUGGAAACCUUCAGUUUGCCCAUGUCAGGAAGGCCAAAAAAUAUAUGAAAGGAUUUUAUAUGAAGCCAAGGUUGCCACGGUACUUUAG